AUGGCGGAGCUGCAGCAGCUGCAGGAGUUUGAGAUACCCACGGGCCGGGAGGCUCUGCGGGGCAACCACAGCGCCCUGUUGCGAGUUGCUGAUUAUUGUGAGGACAACUAUGUGCAGGCCACAGACAAGAGGAAGGCGCUGGAGGAAACCAUGUCCUUUACCACCCAGGCCCUGGCCAGUGUGGCCUACCAGGUGGGCAAUCUGGCUGGGCACACUCUGCGCAUGUUAGACCUGCAGGCAGCCGCCUUGCGGCAGGUGGAAGCCCGUGUGAGCACGCUGGGCCAGAUGGUGAACAUGCAUAUGGAAAAGGUGGCCCGAAGGGAGAUUGGCACCUUAGCCACUGUCCAGAGGCUGCCCCCCGGCCAGAAAAUCAUCGCCCCCGAGAGCCUACCUCCUCUCACUCCCUACUACAGGAAACCCCUCAACUUUGGCUGCCUGGACGACAUUGGCCACGGGAUCAAGGAUCUGAGCACGCAGCUGUCGCGGACCGGGACCCUGUCUCGAAAGAGCGUCAAGGCGCCUGCCGCACCCACCUCCGCUACCCUAGGGAGACCGCCCCGGAUCCCCGAGCCGGUGCAGCUCCCGGUGGUGCCCAACGGCAAACUGUCCGCAGCCUCCUCUGCCUCUUCCCUGACCUCGGCCGGCAGCGCUGAAGGUGUUGGUGGGGUCUCCACGACCAAGGGGCAGGCAGUACCCCCACUUCUCCCCAGCUCCAUGGCCCCACCUCCUCUACCAGCCCCGGAUAUCUGCCUCCUGCCCCCUCCGCUGGAGGAAUUUUCUAUGCCCCCUCUCGCCCCAGAACUACCCCAGCCCCUGGACCUGCCCCCUCCUCCACCCCUGGAUGUAGAUGAGUUGGAACUGCCACCUCCACCAGGCCUUGGACUGGAAGAGCCCAGCUGGGUCCCCGUUUCCUACUUGGAGAAAGUGGUGACACUGUAUCCAUACACCCGCCAGAAGGACGACGAGCUCUCCUUCUCUGAGGGAACCAUCAUCUGCAUCACCCGUCGCUACUCCAAUGGCUGGUGUGAGGGUGUCAGCUCGGAGGGGACUGGAUUCUUCCCAGGAAACUAUGUGGGACCCAGCUGCUGAUAGUCCCAGGGUUUCUAGGCUGCUGACCCAGGCUCUGCCCUGAGUGAACUUCAAGCCCCAGACUAAAGGCAGCUCCAAGGUCAAGACUGGACUAGGCCUGCCCACCUCUUGGCUGUGAGCUAUCUGCACCUUCCCAUUGUGGUGGGAAGGGGUCCUGGGGAGAGGUGUCCAGGGACCUGCUGCAGACAGGAAAGAACUGGAAGCCAAGGAAUUUGAUGAUCUUGUCCAGAGAGGACCACUAUUACAUGGAGGGUAAGUUCUCCAGCUGCAAGUGCCAACUUUGAAUGAAACUCUGAUGACCUCCUGAUCACUACCCUGCAGGGCUGGGGGGCCAGAGAGAGGAUGGACAGAAAGGCAUUCCAGUUCUAAGGCUCCCGCGAAUUAUUGAGCCCCAUCCCCAGCAACAGUAUCUCUCCCAUCUCCUUGGUCCUCAUUACCUGCCCUCUAUACUAGAGCUGAUGCCCUCUGCAACCAUU